AGAGAGAGAGAGAGAGAGAGAGAGAUGGAAGAGAUUAAUCAUUUUAGUCAUAAAAACCAUCCAUUAAAGCUCCUCAACUCUCACACGAUUGUAAGUGCUACUGUUGGUGGUGAUGAAGAGAAACCAAAAUUCAUUGGAUGCUCUGUAUGUGGAAAACCCAUAUCAAGUGGCUUUGCAUAUGGUUGCAUUCAAUGUCGUUACUUUAUGCAUAAAGAAUGUGCACAACUUCCGCCAACUUUCAACGACCCUUCCUUAUAUAACCAUCUUCUAACACUUACUCCUUUGAAUUCUACUUCUUCCAGAUCAUGGCAUUGUAAUGUGUGCCGCAUUCAAAAGAAACCUGGGGUGUUUUCGUAUAACUUUUCGAAGGACGGUGAGUGCAUCUUUGCAGCUUGCAUUGAUUGUUGUGUCGUUAGGAUUGCUUGCAGGGUUGAAGCAAAUGCUAUCAAGGAGGAGGCAACAACCAAGGUUCAUCAUGAAGGCCAUCCACAACACACUUUAACCCUUCAGUUAAAACCUGCAGCAUUCCUUUGUGAUGCUUGCAAUACUUAUAAGGAUGAAGGCUUGUUCUUUCAAUGUGAUAGUUGUCACUUUUGGAUCCAUAAGACUUGUGCUUCCUUAGCACCUACCAUCCACCUAACCAAUCACCCCAAUCAUGAACUUGUUCUCAUCUAUUCGCUUCCAGAAAUAUUCUUUAAUUUCUUCUAUUAUUGUGAAAUUUGUAACAAAUACAUCCAACGGAUUGAGUGGUUGUAUCAUUGUGCAAAUUGUAGAUAUUUUGUCCAUAUCAGGUGUGCCUUAAAUGCAGAGCAAACUUCUACUACUCAAAGAGAUGUCUCAAGUACUUCUUUUGUUGAUGAAGACCUAAAAGAUUUGUUGGAAUUUCCCAUGUUAGAGGCAUUCACAGAUCCAUUAAAACUGCUACAUUUGGAUAAGACAUUUAUGGGUGAUGAUGACACGAAAGAAAUUACACAUUGGAGCCACAAUCAUCCAUUAAUACAUAGUGUUGUUCAUCAAGUUAACAACAUGUGUGGUAUGAUCUCUAGUGAUCCAAUAGAGGUAUGUCACGGGUGUGUACGACCCCUCUCCCUUCCGUUCUAUAGUUGCAAAGAUGGAUGUUCAUUUACUCUCCACAAAUAUUGCACCGAGUUACCCCUCAAAUUACAACAUCCACUUCACCCGGAUCAUUCACUUGUCUUGAUAAACACAACGGGACAUGGUAUAAACUAUAAAUGCAUUGGUUGUUUUAGCUACGGCAACACGUUUUUGUACAACUGUGAAACUUGCAAGUUCUACCUUGAUGUCAAUUGUGCAUUUCUACCCAAAACCAUCAAACACAAAUCCCAUAAGCAUCCUCUUAUCCAAGUUAUUGAUCCUGAACCUCUUUGUAGCGCAUGUAACAAAUAUUCGAAUGGUAUAAGCUAUGCUUGUAAGCCUUGCGAUUUCAUAUUAGACAUGUAUUGUGCAAUGAGGUCACCACAUUCCCUUGCUCAUAGGUAUUGCAAAGGACAUGAAAUAUCAUUGAUGUAUCCCCCAAUCAUGGAUCAUCCAGAAGAUUUCUAUUGUGAUAUUUGUGAGAUUGAAAUGCACCCUAAGUUCCCACUCUAUUAUUGUCACAAAUGCAAAAAUUCUUUUCAUCUUGAUUGCAUUAGUCGAAUCGAUUGGCGUGCAAACAUGUUGUACAAGGGCAUAAGAAAUGUUUCCUAUCAUAAACAUCCAUUAACAUUUGUUCGGAGAAAGAAAACGCCAAAGUAUGUGUGUUCUGUUUGUAAUCAAGAUAUUAAUGGUUAUUUGAGCCUCGAAUGUCGAGCAAGAGUCUGUAAUUUCAAUAUUUGUUAUGAAUGUCAUUAUAAGAAAUUAUGAAUCCUCAAUCA